CGAGCUAGAUACAUUUCGAAAGCUUGCCUUGCUUACAAGGGACGUACGAAUAAUUGUCCCGAGUACGAUGGCUUGAUUACCAACUUAGGAAAUCCAUUGGACAUCAUUUUGAGUUGGUGAUCCCCGCGUUUGGGCGGCGGUGAUGACGACGAUGAUAUUGCCGUCGCUACUGGUGCGGCCCUUUCGUAUUCCCCUUGCAUCUAUUGGCCAACGGGUAUCUUCCGCCCUUCCGUCGAGGCCGUUCAUUUCCGUGUCCGCGCCCCUCCUUAAAAACACUAACAUGCCGCCGCGGCCCAAACCCCCUCCCGAUGAAGAAAUCGAAGAGUCUUUCCUUAAGGGUAGCGGCCCAGGCGGGCAGAAGAUUAACAAAACGAACUCGGCAGUCCAGCUGAAGCACCUCCCUACGGGUAUCGUUGUUAAAUCGCAAGCCACUCGUUCGCGAAGCCAGAACCGGACCAUAGCUAGGCAGCUAUUAGCCGACCGCCUUGACCAAAUCGCACGAGGCGACCAGAGCCGCUCUGCCAUUGUUGGUGAGUUUAAACGAAAAAAGAAAGCAAGCUCGGCCAAGAAGAGCCGAAGAAAGUACCGCAAGCUUGAAGAAGAGAAACAAGUAAAAGUUGUCCAGGGUGAUGUCAUAGACGAGGUGGAGGACGAAGGGCCUGAAGAACGUUUCAUAGAGCAAGACAAAAUAGAGAAUCAAAAAUAAAGAUACGUCCUGUAUCACUCUAGAUAUAAAUAUGCAUCCCAGAAGUUUGCUCGAGUUGGAAACACUGCCAGAUGUUUUACCUACCUAGGUAUGUAGAAUAGAAAUCACAUGUUAUGCAUCCUAUGCUGUUAUAAACA